UCCAAUUCUCACCGCGCAGCGAGGGACACAGUGGAUCACUGAUCACGGAAAGAGCCGAAAAUGUCGGCUGGUCAUGUGAUCAGCUGUGUCCAAUCACAGCUGAUCACAUGGCACUGAUGAUCAGUGUGCCCUGAUGAUCAGUGUAGCCCUAGCAGUGCCGCCUGUCAGUGUCCACCAGUGCCUUGUGUCAGUACUCAUCAGUGCCUCGUGCCAGUGCCCAUCAGUGCCACAUCAAUGCCACAUAUCAGUGCUAUCAGUGCACAUCAAUGCCACAUAUCAGUGCCCAUCUGAGUUGCCUUUCAGUGUCACCCAUCGGUGCCAGUCAGUGCCACCUAUCAAUGCCAAUCAGUGCCACCUAUCAGUGCUGCCAGUC